UUCUACAUUCUCUGAUUUGUCCCCUUUCCCAAGAAAACUUCUCUCUCUCUCUCUUCUCUCUCUUCUCGAACUUCCCUUCCCCACUCGUGAUGGCGGCGCAGGUCGAGAUCGAUGACCAAGCUUCCGUCACCGAACUCGAUAAUGGCGAAAUUUUCGAUCCCCUCCCCGACGACGCCGAUUCCUCCUCCUCCUCCUCCUCCGGAUCAUCAUCAUCAUCGUCGAUUCUCCUCGGCCAAGGAAACCAAGAGCACGACGUCAUCAAAGCGUGUUUCCUCUCCGGACUAGGCGCCGCGAUCGCCGGCGACACGACGGUUGCGAGCGUGCGUAAGAACUCCGCGGUGGGGAUGACGACGAGAGCCAAGCAUCUGGCGUUUCGGAUCUUCACGGAGGCCGUGGCGAGGAAGAACGGCGGAGAUCCGAACGUGAAGUACGGUUGGUACUCCGCUGGUGGCGGUGGUGGUGGCUCGAGAGAAGAGAUCGAACGUAUCCUCUCGUAUGGAUUCAGCAGCCGAGAGGUGGAUGAUUCUCGUGGAGUCGGGAUCCAUCUCGUUCCUUCUAAGUGCUCUCUCUUCGCAGCUGCAAGUGCAGAGCCAGACGGGGAAGGUUUGAGGCAUCUUCUCUUAUGCCGUGUGCUUCUCGGGAAGUCUGAGCAGAUCGUCUCCGGGUCUAAACAGACGCAGCCGAGCUCGGUUGAAUUCGAUUCCGGUGUGGAUGAUCUGGAGAAUCCGAGGAAGUAUGUUGUGUGGAGCUCUGCUAUGAACUCGUACAUCUUACCGAGUUACAUCGUCAGUUUCAAGUCCCCUCGUCUCAGAGUUAUAGGUAGAGGUGCUACUCCGGCAAGACCAAGCUCCCCGUGGGUUAGCUUUGCUGCGCUUAUGUCAAUGCUGUCCAAGUCUAUCGAUGCUUCGAGAAUGAAAUUGAUCAUGACAACUUACGAUGAUUUUCGGAAGCGGAAGAUUCAGAGAGAUCAACUGGUUCGGAAGAUGAGACAAGUGGCUGGAGACGACCUUUUGGCUCAGAUUAUCAAGAGCCACAGAGACAAAUACAAGAACAGGGUUUAAGGAAAAGAUAGAUACAGGGGGAAGUCUAAGACGCGUGGAAUCGCUCAAAUCAAUUGUGGAAACUAUAUCUGAGAGUUUUCAAGCUCUUAUUUUUCUCCUUUCUGAUAUUAGAUGGGACAAACAGAGGAUCCCUUAUGAUAUAUUGAACUUUGGAAAAUUUGUAAAGAGCAUUCUUUAACAUAGUUAAUGAGAUUUUCAAAAUUUCCAGAAC